AUGGAGGAGGAGCUUGGAAUCAUGGUGCCGGAUGGGAGGGAACUAACUGCUGCUGCCAGGCCAGCCUACCGGGAAGACUGGUCACUGAGUAGCAAGCUUGCAUACUUGGUUUCCCAGCUCAAAAAUAAGCAGGUUCCUUUGCAUAAAGGUCUAUGCAAGAAGACUGUCAUCUAUACCCAAUGGAGGUGUUUCAUGGAGUGGAUCAAGAUUGGUUUGGAUUGUCACGGCAUCGAAAGCGGCUCCUUGCACGGUGAGAUGACUCCUCAGGAGAGGACAUUGCAACUCAACAGAUUCCAGAACAAUAACAACAUUGAGGCCUUCAUAGUAUCUAUCGAAGCUGGAGGUGUGGGCUUGAAUAUGACAUGCGCUGACGAGGUGUACCUGAUGGAUGCCCAUUGGAAUCCACAGAUUGUGCAACAGGCAAUUGACCGUUUACAUCGAAUUGGCCAGACCCACCCUGUGAAGGUGUAUCAUGUGGUUGCAGGGGGAUCUGUUGAACAGCACCUAUUCAAUGUACAGAAGAAAAAAGCAUCUCUGGCUAGAAAAGUAAUAACAUUGUCAGUUCCAAAGGAUCAACUUAAAGAUUACCUCAAGCCUGGGGACACAAUGGAUGUCUUGCAUGAUAUAGGAAAUGUGAAUGCAUGCUAUGCAGAAUAUGUCUAG